GGUCUCCUUAAGCCAGGAGAGAGGACAUAAAGAAGAAGGCGGCACCUAAGGCACGGGUGGUACAGAGACAGAAGAGUACGUGGACUUAAGAGGAGAUCACCCUCUAAGAAUCGCGGGACACCGGAGCAUGUGUGUCCUGGGUGCGAGGCGCCAGGACACGGCGCCGCUAUGGGACGGGCGGAAGGAUCUCAGAACGAGGGUAGCGACGGCGGCGGCGCGCGCUCUGUGAUUGCACCGCGUGCUGCUGAGGUGAUCUCGGCUUAUUCCGCGUCAGCGGGGCGGGUGGAUGGGGCGCCGCCCCCUGCCUAGGCGAGCGAAGGCACCGCGUCUGAACCUGUUCGAGGUCCGCGUCGUGGCCAUUCGGAGAGACAGUUUCAAAUAUUCGCGAAAAGGGAGAUUGCGAAAGACGCCGUCUACCCACAGAAGGUUGGGACGCCGAGCUGUCUACAAGCUAGGAAGAGAGCUCUCACCAGGAACCAGAUCAGCCAGCAUCUUGAUCUUGGACUUCCCAGCCUCCAGAACUUGAGCAUUUGGGAUCCCAUGCCGCCUGCAGUGGAAGUGUGGAAUCCUAACCACUGGACUACCUGGGAACUCCCAGUACUAGACCUUUUGGAAGGAGUUGGAGAGUAGGGGUAGUGGCUCAGAAAGAGCUUCUCUUUCAGAAAUGUGGCUGCUAAGCCCCAGUGCCUGUGAUACUUGUGCUUCACAACCACAAACUUCGAAGGUGGGAGUCAAUCAUUUUGAUAAGUCUCCUGAAAGGAACAGCUAGCAGGAGCUGAACCCUUUUUCCAUUUGGCCUCGUGGCAAAGGCAGAGAUCACACCAGCAGCUCCACACAGUAUGAUGUGCUCACUAGUGCCCUCUGAACAAUCUUCUGGUACCUUGCCUAAAGACAAUGCCCCAUUUUGUUGGGAUUCCUUGGAUGAGGAUGGAUUGGAUGACUCCUUGCUGGAACUGUCUGAUGGAAAAGAUGAUGGCCAUUUCAGUUUCACGGAGGAGAUUCAGGAGCUUUUGAAGGAUGAUGACCUAUCAAAUGAGCACUUUUCUUGGGGAGGAGGCUUGUCUAACGAUGACAGCAGGAAUGUUGAGAAGGGAGGGAAAGGGAGUCAAAUUCCACUUGAUACUCCCCAAGAGAAAAAUUCAUUGUACAGCUUGGGACCAGAAGCUGAGACCUCUGGCCUCUUCAAACUACCUCAACUAAAUACAUCAGCUGGUCAUGGACCAACUCCUACUAAACCAUUGAAGAGACGCUUUGCACUAGAAAAGAAUCUUAUAAAAGUUACAGUUGCACCAUUUGAUCCAACAGUUUGUGAUGUUGCACUUGAUAAGGACAAGACUGAUACAUCCGAAGUUACUGAAAAACCCUCCUCCCUUGGAGAAGAGAUGAGAGAAGAUGGUCUUAGCCUAAGUGAGAGCACAGUUUUCACAGAAUCUGAAGGGAUCAGCCCCAAUAAUUCUGCCUAUGAUGGGCCCCCACUCCCUUCUUCAAACAGUAAGUUUCAACAAACUGUCUCUGAUAAAAAUAUAUCUAACAGUAAGAAGCCUACACCUGUAACCUCUCAGAUAUUGAACCAUUCAAAGACUCCUUCUAAUAUGGGGUCAUCCUGGAGAAAUGGAUCACAUAAAUCAAGUUUUGAAAUGAGGUUUCCAGUUGUUUCCAGUUCAUCAAACAAACAUUUUCUUGACAAAGAUUCUGGGAAGCUGAAGGUACAUGAAAAAAGACUAGGCAAGGUCAUUCCUGUUCUGCAAACCAAAACAAGGACUAAUAUUCUGACAUUUUCACCAUCAGAUCUAAAAAAGCAGAAGCAAAGUUAUCUCAGGAAUGUCAUUGCUCAUAUAGAAGACCCAGUGAACUGUAACCAAGGUACCUUGGGGGAGCUGUGUGCCUUGAUGGAUCACGUUUAUCACAUACAGAACCCAAAAUGGCAGCAUCCUUCGGACCUCACCAGGUGAAACUAUGCCUGGUUCCAACAGAAAUCUCUGCAAAAAUACAGUCUGACUCAGUGGGUUGACGGGAACAUGUGAAGCCACCAUCGGUUCCAGCGUCUACCAGAUUUCCUGUACAGUCCAUUUGUCUCCUCCCAUCAGCAAUGAAGGUCCCUAUCCAGGGUCCUGUCCAGAGCAGCAUCUCAUCUUCUGCUGCUUUGUGCUUUGUAGAUUUUAAAAUUUAUUUUUCACAACAUUUUUAUUUAAAGAACUUGUCACCUUUUGGAAAUGCCCAUUGCUGACUUGAAAUUUUUUGUAUAAGGUCCUUCCUGUUUGUGUGUGUCUAUGCAUUUAAGCAGUGUUGAGUUGAUAUAGUUUUAAUUUUUUAAUUUAAAUUGAAGGUGGCUACCGCCUGAAAGCCAGCAUUAAGUCAAAACACCCAGGCUCAAGCAAAACACCCACCUCUGUGCAGAGGUGAAGUCUACUUCUGGUGCCCAGAAGAAAUCAUCUUUUAAUCUCCUAUGAGGAAGAGAUUCUUUAUCAGGCUGCAAGCCAGUGUUAAUUAUUGCUGGUGACUUAUAAAUGGAUACAAGUCACUUUUAGCAACCCCUCUUACUUUUUUUAUUUGAAUCUCCGAAUACCUGUCAGUAUUUUAAAAGUUGGUAAUCCAGCACAUCUGAAGAGUUGAAAGGACAAAUUAAAAGUGUAAAUCUUCUCUUCUUUUUGUACCUACUAGCUGCCUUUAUUUUUUGGCUUUUUUUUUAUUCUUCAUUAAAUUUAUUUUGCACAAUAGUGUUUACAAAUCUUGUACAUCUUAACUCUAAUAGAAGAAUAGCAAUAACAACCCCUGUUGAUGACUAACAACCCCUGUUGAUUUGCAGUCUUGUGACUGUUUGCCUUCUCUGCCUUUCUUCAAGGAUUUUCCUUCUUUUUUCCCCAGUGACCUUAGGGCUCUACCAGCAUAUUCCUGUAUCCUGUUAGACAUAGAUAUGCCUCUUAAGAAAAGCCUUACUGUACUCAUUAUUGAAGAACCACCUACCCAGAGUCUUGACUCUAGGACAGGCCAGAAAGCAGUGCUAUUGAGAGGUGUCAGUUGGUCUUCAGUUUCAUCUGCUGAACCCCAACUUCAAGUAUGAGUUGACAUAUUAGUCAGUGAGCUUCCAUCCUGUGGGAGAGACUUUGGAGAAGCUGUCUUUUGUCUCCAUUAUUAGUUAAUAAGAGGUGCCUUUUGGUCCAGGAUGUUACCAUCUCCUUACUUGGUCAAAUCUCUGAUGUACAGUUUUACAAAACUACUAAAGUGGAUCUAAAAUAGUUUUUAUUAAGCCUGUGCUCAAAGCAUUACCUGAUCUUGAGGGUAAUGCUAUGUGCAGCUAUCUUAAUGGAUGUCUUAGGAGUUUGUUAUUAUCUUUACAGACAGCUCUAGACAUCUCUUGGGAGAUGUCUGGCAUUUGUGCUGCUGUUCACUCUCUGUGAAGGUUGUACCUAGUUGCUAUAGCACGGCCUGUGAUACUGGUCUCACUGCCUCUGUCUGGUUUUGUUCUUCCAUAAGCCCCAUCUUUGUAUGCCAGUAACCCAUCUUAAACAUCCUACCCUGCUUUAGAAACUGACUUGGGAGAAACUUGGUCAUAGUUACCAGUAAACUUAGAUGGACAUCCCUAAGUGUUAACUAUUUCUAUCCAGUCAAGGAUUCUCUUUUCCUUCAACAUUUGGUUUAGAGUCUGGGACCAAAAUGCAAAGGGGAAGAGUUCUGUUCAAAGGCAAGAGUCAAAAUCUGUUAUUUCAGUUGGCAUUGCCUAUAUCAGUCACUUCUCCAGGUUUCCGUAAAUUAGCUUGAUGGAAUGGGACAAACAUCCACCUUUGGAACUAUAGCAUAGUUAGAAUUCAUUGUUACUGGAAUAACUAGCAUUUCAGUUGUCUUGUUCCCCACAGAUAACCAAGGAGUAAAGGGACAGCCUUUUGCUUAGGCAAAAGUCUAAGACUCAUGUUCCUGCCUCCCUGGUACAGGAGGGUUUAAGACUGAUAUGUAAUGGGAGCAUCGCUUUUGCCAAAUCAAAUGAGUGACGGGUUAACGAGAAAAUGUGACAAUCACAUUUUGUCUUUGCUCAAAUAAUUCUGUUUUUCCAAAGCUUUAGCAGCUUACUUAAAUCUGUUAGACUGGGGAAGGAGAAAACUGUUCCCUAGCAGUUAACGUGGUAUUCUUUAAGAAGAAAAACAAAGCCAAAGAAAACUCAUUAUUAGGCAUGUUUGCCUUAAAGACAGUAGUGGGUAGAAUCUAGAGUUUUAAUCUGUUUUUAAAAGCUACAUAUCUCAUAUUUGGUGUUGGCCUCUAAGUCUAAUUUUCAUGUAGAUUUCUUGCCAUGUUGUUUUAUUUGCAUAAGCAUUGUGUGCAUUUAACUGCCUACCUAGCCUUCUUCAUCUGUGAUGACCUUCUCGCCACAGGGAUCUUGACAAUACAGAGUAUGAAUGUCCUGUUUACAUAGUUUACUUGUAAGUAAAGAGCCUGAAAUAACCUGUAGUUUUGCAUCUAAUGCGGACCCCAAUUUACUUUGGUUGUUGUCAGGAUCAAUUAUGAAACUGAAGUUUGGUGCCUCCUCUUUAUCAUGUUUUUCCCCGUGUAGCAGUUG